ACCCGGGUGUGAGGCAGGUACCCGUACGCACGGACGCAGUUUAGCGUCGCGUUCGGGAAGGCGCGCAUCAUCAGUGUCGAGUCGCGCAUCCAUCGCCUCGAAUCCACGAACAAUUGGGCUCUCCCUCCGGCAAAGAUCAGCUUAUGCGUGUAUUUUCUUUCCUCAGACCUGUUUUCUGAAUGGUACUUGCGAUAACCGGGGAAAAGCAUGCCGCUGUUGAGCAGGAAGACGCGUCCCCUCUUGACGAGGGUGAAUGGGAAAGCCCAUGCGAGUUCAGACGACCACGAGGAAGAGAGUAGAACAAUUGUGAGGGAGGAAUGGACUGAGGAGGAGUUGAACGCGGAUCCCAUUUCCUCGGACGACGAAGCGCAACCCCCACCUGCACCGAGUCCGACGUCACAGCAAGCAGCGAGCUCGAAGCUUGACCGGCCCACGCAGACCUCAAAGCCAGGGAAUACAGCCUCUAGAAAGGGUGGCAAAUCGAAAAGGAUACAGUUGCCGCGGACGGGGUCUUUCGAGAAGGGUAGGGCGCAUAAAGCGAGAGUACAUGCCGAGGAAGAGAAGGAGAAUAGGAAGGCGAGUCCGAGCUCGUCUGCAGAGAAGAGAAAGGCGCAAGAUCCGUAUGAUUUUGGCAUGGCUUAUCAGAGUGCUUCGAAGAGGCAUAAGCCUGCGCCAAGAACCGCGUAUACCAAGAAUCUCCAUGCGCCCGCUCCCGUGGGGAAGAAAAGAGCGUAUGGAGGACGUAGCGCGAAAGAUGCUGUCACAUAUAGCAAUGUGUGGCAAAAGCCGGGUGUCAAGGACGAAGAUGACGAUUCGGAUUCUCUGCUGGACAGACAGCUAGCAGAAAUAACGAGAACCCUCGAUCCCCAGGACACCAAAAGCGAAACCCGGAAACUACCUUCCUCGCCAGCGAAAGCUCCGCGGCCAAAUCUCCUUGCCUCGCUCGGCUCGUACAUACAACGUUCAGAACCGAACCUCGACCCCAACGCCUCCGGCACAAGCACACCGCUCUCCUCAAUGCCCGGCUCAGAUCCCGCCACUCCACGCGACUCACUGCGAGCACUAGAAGAGUACGUCGCCGACCUCCCAGAGGACGACCUAGACUCCAAAUGCGCACUCUGUCAGGAGCCUGUGGACCCAGAUUUCUCGUCGCAAUUCUGGAUAGGCAAGGACAGGACGGUCAGGAACCAAACCAAAUUCUGCAAGGAGCACAAGAUAAAAAGCGCGCAGGCAGAGUAUAGAGCGAAGGGCUUCCCCCCUAUAGACUGGCAAUAUCUGCCGAGAAGGAUAGCGAAAUUCCAUCCAGCACUAGUCGAGAUAUUACGCAACGAAAAAGAAAGCCAGUAUAGACGCAUACACGCCGAUAAACUCGUCUCCGGGAAAGCAGCAGCCCUCCCCUCUCGCCGAAAAGACAAAUCCGCCUCCGAGCUCGAGCGUGAGCUCUUCCAGGACUCGCCGACUUCCACCGGCUACUACGGACCCCGCGGGAAACGCCUUAUGAUGGAAACCAUCACUUCUGAUCUCUCAGAUACAAUACGCGAAGUCUCUGCUGCAGACCCAGUCGUAGGGCGGUCGGGGUUCGCCGUGUUCUUACAGGCUGUGCUUGUGCCGGAACUGACAGUCUUGCUAGUGAUGGAGGAUCUGGGCGGUGUGAGCGUGGGAGUGGCCGAGGAGGCGAUUAGAGAGAGUGGGGAAUUGGGCGCUCUGUUGAAUGAAGAGGUGGAUGAUGAGGUGAGAGUAGAGAGUGAUGAGGAGCCGGAGGGGGACGAAGAUGUGGAAGGUGAUGACGAGGAUCAGUGACGAAUAGAAAGAGACGGAAAGAGUCCGCUGUAGCGAUAGGCGUGUUGUGGGAAAGAGCGAGAUAUCGGGCGGCAUUUUGAUCGGUAUGUAUGCAUGCAUGCGGGAAACGGGAGUAUUUGAUCACAUCUAGCAUUAAACGGCGUUAGUUAAUAUUGAUACCAG